GAUAGUGUGUUUGUGUGUGUGAGACUCGUGAGAGAGAGAGAUGAAUGGAAUAGGGCACAAGAUGAUGAACGGCAAUGGGAAAACUACAGAGAUGGAUGGAAUAGAGCACAAGAUGGUAAACGUGAACGGCAUAACCAUGCACGUAGCCGAGAAAGGCCAAGGCCCAGUGCUGCUCUUCCUCCACGGCUUCCCUGAGCUGUGGUACACCUGGCGCCACCAGAUUCUAGCCUUCGCCGCCCUCGGCUUCCGUGCCGUUGCUCCGGACCUCCGCGGCUUCGGAGACACCGACGCUCCAGCCUCCGCCGCCGCCUACACGAGCCACCACGUGGUCGGCGACAUCGUCGGCCUCAUCGACACUCUGGGAGUGGAUCAAGUGUUUGUGGUGGGACAUGACUGGGGCUGUAUGGUUGCAUGGUACUUGUGCUUGUUUCGGCCUGAUAGAGUCAAGGCCUUGGUGUCACUCACCUUGCCAUUUCGGCCUAGGCAUCCUAAGAUGAAGCCCAUAGAGGGCAUGAAAGCUUUCUUUGGAGAUGAUUAUUAUAUGUGCAGAUUUCAGGAACCUGGAGAGAUUGAAGAUGAGAUAGCAAAGUGUGGAACAGCAGAAGUGAUCAAGAAAAUCUUAACAGAUCGAAAACCAGGUCCACCAUGCUUGCUGCCUAAAGGGAACGCUUUCGGAAUCUCUCCCAACACUCCUACUAAGUUGCCAUUCUGGUUUUCAGAAUCAGACCUCAAAUAUUACACCAACAAAUAUGAUCACAAGGGCUUCACCGGAGGGUUGAACUACUACCGAGCUCUCGAUUUAAAUUGGGAGCUCACGGCACCAUGGACAGGAGUGCAAGUUGAAGUGCCAGUGAAAUUUAUUGUGGGUGAUGUAGACAUGAUAUAUACCACACCAGGGAUGAAGGAAUACAUACACAAUGGUGGUUUCAAGAAAGAUGUGCCAUUGUUGGAGGAAGUUGUCAUAAUAGAAGGAGCUGGUCACUUCAUCAACCAGGAAAGAGCAAAGGAAGUUAACAAUCACAUUCAUGAUUUCAUCAAGAAGUUUUGAACUGCCCAUUUGAACUUCUUGUGCUGUGUGUUUCCGUUCCUAUCAAGUCUAGUGUGAAUUCGUACGUCGAUUGUGUCUCGAUGAAGAGUGUCUGUUAGUGUAAACUGGCUGUAGAUAACAUCUCAGAUCCUUGGAAGGCUAAGAAAUAAAGGAUGUAGUUUUUGCAACUUCUGUUGAAUCAAUGUUGGAACAUGUGUAUGGUUGUGUUUUACAGUGAAAAAAAAACCUCCUUUUCUUUCAA